UGCUAAUCUCCGACGUUGAUGCCAAACGGGACCUUCAUAUAAUUUUGUUACAUCUUGUUUUGCAGAGUUUUUCAUGUAAUUUAUUACUGUAAAAUUUUAUUUUUACAUUUAACAAUAUUAACACUAUAAUCAAAUAAAUUAAAAUUUGUAGAUAAAGUGGACCAAACCAUGCGUAACUGAAUGAGUAUAUUUUAGUGGCAAAUUUUACUCAUUUUGGUAUUUUGCUUCGUUCUCCGUACAAUUUCAGAAGAAUUGGCGGGAGGGGGCCAGCCCCACUUUCUCGUCGGCUCCUGCUUCACCGAUGGAGGCGGCUGCAGGUUCUGAACUCGAUCGGUCUCUUUUCAUGAAUUCUGAUUCUGAUCGCUUGCAAUCUGUCAUUCUUUCCUUAAUUGUGGAUAAGUGUCCAGUCAUCGAAUUUCGGAAUCGACAGGGUACAGGGCCACCUAUGGCCAAAUCAGGUGGUCCUAUGAAGUCUAAUUUGUCUAGAAACUCCGAUGCUGGUACUGGGAAUAUCGUAGGUGUUGAACGAGACCUUGAAUCCUCUGCCUAUAAGAAACAGGGCAUCGGACCCAAUGCCAAUAUGCCUCUUGGAGAAUUAGAGGAUCAGCAUGUUGAGAGGAUCCAUAGUACCUGCAGCCAGCGUGGGGAAGGGAUCUCUUUUCUGCAACGGAAAAAAAACGGAGCAGAUUUGACUCGGCACAACCUAACGAUACAUCCAAUACCAAUGAUCUGUGCCUAGAAUUAGAAUGCGUUGCUCUAGAAAGCUAUACUUUUACUUCUUUCACGACGAGAGAACCGCGUUGGUUCUCUCCAAGAGAUACGAUUCGGUACCUGAAUGAUCCUUGGAUCGAAGGAAUCAACCGGGAUCCAGAAUGGGAUACUUUUCCUUCGGUAGAUCUAUGUGCCAAGAAAGUACUUGGAGUUAGCCUUGGCCACAAAGAAUUCUGAAAUUGAAGCCUUAAAGAAACAGCUAAUCCAAUCUGAGAGUGACCUAUAGCUAUGAUGGA